UCGGACAUCGCUAGCAGACGCGGUGUAAGCACAAGAAAGGGGGGGCUGAUCUCAGGAGCGUGUUAUCAUCACACACCACAGGAAUGAAGCAAACCAAACGGAUGCUUAACAUACAGUUAUUUUGCAUAACUUUGUUUUAUUAUCUAAACCCGCGUUUCUUUGUUUCUCACUGACUGGGUAGGGAAAGUUUCAUAUCUGAGGAGGAAUACCUGCCAACUAACGGAACGCAUCAUCCGCAAACCGUCACACCUUCGCCUCAGUAUUUGAGAGCGUUGAGGAGAUCGCAUCUGCUUUCGGACUGUAUUUUCUUCUUUUGUUUCUUUUUGGGGUGAGGGUCAAGUCCCUUGAAGUACGUAUAUUUUUCUUUUACAAAAUGAGUGUGGAUCCCUAGUUCUGUGCCCCGGUUUUCAGUAGGUUUGUGCGGAUCGUUUUGUGAAGUAGUUUUAGUUCCCUUAGACUGUUGUGCUGUUUCAUUUGUCUCUUUCUUGGAUGCUGGAAUUUAAGACUGACAGUCCCGUUCUCUCCUCAUGCCCAUGAAAACAACUCUCGGAUGGUAAGGAUUCCAGAGAAUGGUAAAUGAUCGAUGGAAAAUCAUGAACAGUGUUUCAGAACUCGAGGAUGGUCAGCAGCAUAAAUCGCAGGACUGUUUCCAGAACCUGGGAGAGUACAAGGCCGGCUGUGCACAAAGGCUGAUUCUAAAAAGUGGGGCAAUUCCAUCUUUGCAAGUACAUUCUGGCGCUUCUGACUCUCAGACACAGCCUAGGAUGAGCUGUAGCUAUCUCCUAUGCACCAUCCUGCUCUUUGUUGCAGUGUUACUGGCUGUCACGGUAACCGGGAUCAUCCUUCUGAUGAACCAUUACCAAGCGCCCAGCGGCCCCGAUGGCCCCCCUCUCAUCAGCACUAACCAGGAUGAGGCUAAUGCCCUGGUAACCAUCGAGAGAGGCGACGGUUCCCGCAUUAACAUCUUCAUUGACCCCAACUGCCCCGACUACAACAAUAACUUCCUGCGUCUGGAGGGCGUGCAAACCUCACUGCUGCACUCUCUCACCGACCACGACACUGAUCUGAAGUCAGUGAAAGGGCAGGACCGGGCUCUGCUUGUUAAACUGGCUGAGGAGGUGGCCAAACUGUCCGCCCAUGCCAGUCAGCUGAAGAUGGAGUACAACGCUCUGAGACAAGGCCAGGGCAACAUUGGACAGGAGCUCAGCACUCUGCAGACCGAACAGGGCAGGCUUAUCCAGCUGCUUUCAGAGAGUCAGAUCAACAUGGUGAAAGUGGUGAACUCUGUGAGCGACGCGCUCAGCUCCAUGCAGAAGGAAACCGGAAACAUCAAGAGCCGUCUCAAGGCAGAUCUGCAGAGGGCUCCGGUGCGCGGCGUCCGGCCCAAGGGCUGCGCCGGUGGAGAGGGUUCCAGACCCAGGGACUGCAGUGACAUCUAUGCCAGCGGGCAAAGAGAGGAUGGUAUCUACUCCGUGUUCCCCACACAUUACCCAGCAGGCUUCCAGGUCUUCUGUGACAUGACUACUGAUGGAGGCGGAUGGACGGUGAUUCAACGCAGAGAAGAUGGCUCUGUUAACUUUUUCCGUGACUGGGAAGCCUAUCGUGAAGGAUUUGGCAAGAUAACAGGAGAGCAUUGGCUUGGCAUGAAACGAAUCCAUGCACUUACCAUUCAAGCCAACUACGAGCUAAGGAUUGACCUGGAGGACUUUGAGAACAGUACCUCCUUUGCGCAGUACGGCUCUUUUGGAGUGGGUUUGUUCUCUGUUGACCCAGACGAGGAUGGCUACCCACUGAGCAUCGCGGACUACUCCGGCACUGCAGGCGACUCGCUGCUCAAACACAACGGGAUGAAAUUCACCACUAAGGACAAGGACAACGACCACUCUGAGAAUAACUGUGCGUCCUUCUACCACGGCGCCUGGUGGUACCGCAACUGCCACACUUCCAACCUCAACGGACAGUACCUGCGCGGCCAGCACACCUCGUACGCCGACGGCAUCGAGUGGUCGUCCUGGACGGGCUGGCAGUACUCGCUGAAGUUCACCGAGAUGAAGAUCAGGCCCACCAAGGAGGAGAAUAAAUGAGCGAGAACUAGAAAACUUGACUAGAACAACUCAAAAGAUGGCUGUAGGUGUUAGAGACACUCGGUGCAGAAACGCAAGAACUUUAUAGCGACAACCUCUUUCUCAUGUUUCUGUUUCUAUCCAUCUUUCAAUCCCCGUUUUCCCACCAUCUUGUAGUGUUCGUGCUAAUGCCCAGUGGGCUGUUGUUUUUUCUCUUGAUCUGCUGUUCUACAUCUCUGAAUAUUAUUAUGACGAAACAUUGCAGGUAUUGUCAAAAAUGUACUAAUGAAAAAAAAAUCAGUAGUUGUUGUGUAAAAAAAAAACAGAAAAGAAAAAAGAAAAACAAAAAAACUUCUGUAGCUGUGAAAUUUAGCAAGAAUGUGUAGCUUUUCAUAAAAAAUAAAGACUUUUAACUCUUCUCAAACAUC